AUGGCCUCUCCAACACAAGAACCAGCCAAAACACCUCCCGCCAAAGAGGUCAUACUCGCACCUCAAGUGGGCGCCAAAGCACCCGUGCAUCCCAACCUAGCCCUUCCGACCGACAAACCCACCGUCAUCGUCUUCCUACGCCAUUGCGGCUGUCCAUUCGCAGAAAAGACAUUCAAGAACCUAACCUCGCUCUCGACGCAGUACCCCGAGGUGCACUUCGUAGCGAUCUCGCACUCGUCGCCCGAGGCUACCGAGCGGUGGGUCGUGCACGUGGGGGGCAACUGGGAGGUCAACGUCGUCGUCGACUACGAGCGCGAGCUGUACGGACAAUGGGGGCUCGGCGUCUCCAAUACCUGGCACGUCUUCAGCCCCGUCACGCUAUACAACACCAUCCGCCUCGCGCGCGACGAGCACAUCUGGAACCGCCCCAGCGAGAGCGGCAGCAGGUGGCAGACUAGCGGCGGUUUCGCGAUCGAUCAGGAUGGCGUCGUGAAGUGGGCGAAGGUCGCCGCGUCUGCUGACGAUGUGCCGGACCUCGAGGCGGCGCUGAAGUGUCUGAGUGUUAGGGUUAAGCCGAAGCCGCCGCCUGAGCCGAGGACGGAUGGGUUCUUGUGA